GAUAACGUUCAUCUUUGACACUUCUCUAUUAUAUUCACCUUAUUAAACCCGAAACCGUCAGCAAGUUACCAAAAAACCAUCAAAGUUACCAGUUAUUGUGCAAAGCUCUUGAUUUCAAACCUAAUUAUCAAUUAUUCGGUUAAGAAAUCGGAACCAAGGUUAAAUUUCAUCACUAUGGACGCAACAAUGGAAAAUAAGAUGGGACUUCCGCCUCCGUAUGAACCGACUGCCCCGAGCCCGGCGCCACCGCCCUCUUAUUUUGGCGACAAUCCGCCGCCGCCGGCAGGGCUGGCAGUACCAGCAGUGCCACCACGCACCACCGUCAUCACGUCGCCCGCGGCGCCCUCCGACCGGCCCAUCAAGCUAGGCCCCGGCCCCACCGGUGCUUCCUGUCCGACUUGCCAUAAGUCCAUUGUGACUCGUGUAGACUUUGUACCGAAUACUCGUACUCAUAUAGUAUCUGCGGCGCUUUGUGUUCUAGCCGGAUGUUGCUGCGGUUGCUUCGUGCCGUACUGCAUGCGCUCCUGUAAAUCUGCCAAUCACUACUGCCCCGCAUGCAAAGCCUUCAUCGGAACAUACCAGCAUUCCUGAACUGCUGCUGCUGCUUAUAGCCAACAAAUAUAAUAUCGGAAUCUUUUAAGGAUGUUUCAAACAAAUGUGGAAACAGAAACUAUAAUAAAGAGCUAUAAAUCAUAUUUAGAACUAGGAAAAGUAUAUAACGGGAUAAUAAACGUAACUCUAAUUUAUAAUGCGGUAAUGUGUACCUAAACGUCAGUUUACUUUUUUUAUUCUGGAUAUGAGAUUUAGUUUUCAGAACCACUCGCUUGGCCGAUUUUAGAAAGAAUAUUAUUUGUUGAUCGCUCGUACGGUCCCGCCCAUACUUAUUUAAGGUUACAAUCAGAUUAAGAUUGUACCAGCAGCAAUGCAGUGGACAGCAACGCUGAUGCUGCUGCAGUCGUAAUCCGAAUGUAACCUUUACUGAUCAUGCUAAAAUCACUGUGAAGUGCUACUCAUCAAUUCUCAAUUGUAUUAAUAUCUGUUCUCUACUCAUAUGUUAAGAACAGAAGAGAAAUGUUUCGUAUUGUGGUCAGGGACGUAGCUAGAGGAUAUGGCGCCCGGGGCAGUCACCCCCUGACGACUGACAAAAGUUUCCCCGCUGCUGCCUUUUGCCCAUUUCGGCGCCCCCCCUUGGAUAGUUGAAUUAAUGUCUAUAUUACCUAUAGGUGCCUAAUGCAUGUAUUGAUCUAAGUUAUUCAUAUUUAAGCGCACACUAUCGAAUAUUGCAAUGAAUGAAUGUUAAAUGGCAAAAGGUCUAAUCUAAGUAAAUACAAGCUCUCUUCGUAUAUUUUGUAUGAAAACGAGAUUAUUUUAAGAAAAAUAUAAUAUGUAAGUAUUCACGACCAAAAUAUGUAGAUACUACUUAAGUAGGCAAAUUAAUUAUAAUACGGUGUUUUUGACAAGAGCGUGACCGGCGUGUUUUUAGGGUUCCGUACCCAAAGGGUAAAAACGGGACCCUAUUACUAAGACUCCGCUGUCCGUCUGUCCGUCCGUCUGUCCGUCUGUCUGUCACCAGGCUGUAUCUCAUGAACCGUGAUAGGUAGACAGUUGAAAUUUUCACAGAUCAUGUAUUUCUGUUGCCGCUAUAACAACAAAUACUAAAAACAGAAUAAUAUAAAUAUUUAAAUGGGGCUUCCAUACAACAAACGUGAUUUUUUUGCUGUUUUUUGCGUAAUAGUACGGAACCCUUCGUGCGCGAGUCCUACUCGCACUUGGCCGGUUUUUUUAUUCAACAAUGAAUUGGCAAUAGUUACUCGUGAAGUAAUCUUUCGCGUAAAAUAUAUAUUUAAAAAAAUAUUAGGUUCUUACUUAAUUUUGCACUAUAGCAGUUUUUCAUGAUUACUGAAAGAUGGAUUGCGACAGUGUGAAGUGUAUUUCAAAUUGAUUUGAUUAAAUCUUGGUUUUGAGUUUAUUUUGUUUCGUUGAAAAAUACUUUAAUCUGGGCUAAUAAAGAAACUGCUCGUCGGCUCAUGACAAUAACCUACUGUCCGCGCGCGAAUUCCGUGCACGGCUGAGGAAUGUAAGGAAUGUUGGGCGUCAUGACAGAGUGUCAUUUUGUACGUACGGGCGCAGCGCACAUCCCCCCACUUCCUCGACCUCCGAAUGCACGGAAUUGGUUCGCGGACAGUAGUAGCGCCAGUGGUAAAUGUUUGGCUCAUGUUUGGCGAUGCUCCUUCAAAGGAAGUUCUUGCAUAAUCCAGUUUUAUGAGUGACAUCAUUGGAGCGCCAUCUGCUUAUGUGUACAAUAAAAUUAACAAAAUACUAAAUAUAUACAAUUUACAACUAUAUAAAUGUAAAAAAAAAAUUAACCGAGUGGCUUAAAACACUUAACUACGAGGAGACAGAGGCUCUGAUAUAUUAAGUUGAUAUACUUGAUAUUAACUUAAACUUUACAGUACCUAUGACCUUGACAUUAUACUUUACAGUACCUAUUGUAGAAGAAAAUACCUAUUGUAUAAGAAAAGUACGAUACAUAGUUCUAUGCUUUACAGCACCUGUAUAUAAGAAGUGCCGAUAAGUACAUCACCUCACCACCUGCACUCACACGAUCUCAUACACACACACACACACACACACACACACACACACACACACACACACACACACACACACACACACACACACACACACACGCACACGCACACGCACACGCACACGCACACGCACACGCACACGCACACACACACGCACACACACACACACACACACACACACACACACACACACACACACACACACACACAUAUAUAUAUACACACA